UGCAAAGAAAGCUCAAGAAAAGAAGUUGUUCAAUAUGGUAGUUAUGGCAAGUAUAACAAUAAAUCCUGACAUAAAAAAAAUUCAAGGACAAAUUGCUGAGAUGUUAUAGGAAUGAGAUUGGAAGAAGAAAGUGAGAUUGUAAGAGCAGAUCGCAUUCGAAAGAGGCUAAACAAAGAAAAGGAGAAAACCCUUAUAAUCCUAGAUGAUCUCUGGAGUGGUUUGGACAUGAAAAGAUUGGGGAUUCCGUUUAGUGAUGAUGAGGAUGGUAGUCAACAGGAUGUCAAAGAUUUUGGUUAUAAUAAGAUAGAAAAUGAAAAGUUAUCUGCCGAUUUCAGUGAGUUGAAAACAGAAAAGUUUUCUGUCGAUUUCAAUAAGUUGAAAAUGGAAAAGGUAUCUGGUGAUCAUAAAGGAUGUAAAAUUAUUCUAACAUCUAGAAAUAAAGAUGUAUUAUGCAAUAUGAAUGUACAACAAAGAUCAACUUUCUCGAUAGGAGUCCUUGAUGAAAAGGAGGCAGAGACUUUACUUAUGAAAGUGGCAGGAAAAAAAAAUUCCAUGUUUGAUGUGAAAGCUAUUGAAAUUGCCAAAAUGUGUGCUGGUUUGCCCAUUGCAUUAGUUUCCAUUGGACGAACACUAAAGAACAAGAGCUCCUUUGUAUGGGAGGAUGUCUAUCAACAAAUUAGAAGACAUAGUUUUACAGAAGGGCAAGAACCUAUUGAGUUUUGCGUAAAGCUAAGUUAUGAUCAUCUUAAAAAUGACCAACUUAAGCAUAUUUUUCUACAUUGUGCUAGAAUGGGAAAUGAUGCUUUGCUUAUGGACUUGGUAAAGUAUUGUGUGGGUUUAGGUUUGCUUCAAGGAGUCCACACAAUUAGAGAAGCGAGAAAUAAAGUAAAUGAGUUGAUAGAAGAGCUAAAAAAAUCAAGUUUGUUGAUGGAAAGUUACUCUAAUGACCGCUUCAACAUGCACGACAUUGUGCGUGAUGUUGCUCUUUCAAUAUCAUCCAAAGGAAAGCAUGUACUUUUCAUGAAAAAUGGCAUACUAGAUGAGUGGCCUCACAAGGGUGAACUUGAAAGGUAUACUGCUAUAUUUUUACACCAUUGUGAUAUCAAUGAUGGGCCUCCUGGGAGUAUAUAUUGUCCUAUACUUGAAGUCUUACAUAUCGACAGCAAAGUUGAUUUUUUGAAAAUACCAGAUGACCUUUUUAAAGAUAUGAUUAAACUCAAAAUCUUGAUAUUGAACGGUGUGGAUUUGUCAUGCUUACCUACUUCGAUUCAGUGCUUGGCAAAACUGAGAAUGCUUAGUUUGGAGAGAUGCACUCUAGUAAAAGACUUAUCAAUCAUUGGAAAGUUAAAGAAGUUACGAAUCCUUACUUUUUCAGGAUCUAAUAUUGAAAGUUUGCCACAUGAAUUUGGUGAGUUAGACAAGCUGCAAGUUUUAGACUUGAGCAAUUGCUUAAAACUAAGAGUAAUACCUUCCAAUAUAAUAUCAAGGAUGAACAUUUUGGAAGAGUUUUAUAUGAGAGACAGCUUGAUUCCAUGGGAGACUGAGAAGAACUUGGAAAGAAGAAAUGCUAGUCUUUCUGAGUUGAGGCACUUGAAUCAAUUACAAAAUCUAGACAUACACAUUCAGAGUGAUGUCCAUUUUCCACAAAACUUGUUUUUUGACAGGUUAGAUAGUUACAAGAUUGUAAUUGGUGAAUUUAACACACUUAAAGUGGGAGAACUCAAUAUCCCUGACAAGUAUGAAGUGGUGAAAUUUUUGGCAUUGAACCUUAAAGAAGGUAUGAACAUUCAUUCUGAAAAAUGGAUUAAAAUGUUGUUCAAAAGAGUUGAGUAUUUGUUGUUGGGAGAAAUCAAUGAUGUUCAUGAUGUUUUCUAUGAAUUAAAUGUUGAAGGAUUUCCAAAUUUGAAACAUUUGUCCAUUGUAAACAAUUUUAGCAUUGAAUACAUUAUCAAGUCAAUGGAGUUGGCUUUUCCCAAAUUGGAGUCCAUGUAUCUUUACAAAGUAGAGAAUUUGGAAAAAAUAUGUGACAGUCAGCUUACAAAUGGCUCUUUCAGCAGCUUAAAAAGCAUCAAGAUAAAAACAUGUGAUCAGUUGAAAAACCUUUUCCCAUUUUCCAUGGUUAGACUACUCACCAUGCUUGAAACAAUUGAAGUGUGUGACUGUGAUUAUUUGAAGGAGAUAGUUUCUGUUGAAAGACAAACUCAUACUAUUGAAAGACAAAUUAAUACUAUCAAUGAUGACAAGAUUGUGUUUCCUCAAUUAAAAUUUCUAACAUUACAAUCAUUACCAACCUUUUCUUGUUUAUAUACCAAUGAUAAGAUGCCUUCUAGUGCACAAUCAUUGGAAGAUCAAGUGCGAAACAAGAACAAAGAUAUUGCCACUAAUGUCAGCCAAGAUGUAAUUGAUACUCGCAUUUCACUCUUCAAUGAAAAGGUUUCAAUUCCUAAAUUAGAAAGGUUAGAGUUGUCCUCAAUCAACAUCGUGAAGAUAUGGAGUGAUCAAUCUCUACAUUGUUUUCAAAAUUUGCUUACACUGAAUGUGACAAAUUGUGGUAAUUUAAAAUAUUUAAUGUCAUUGUCUAUGGCUGAAAGUUUGGUGAAUCUCCAAAGCCUUUUUGUAUGUGCAUGUGAAAUGAUGGAGGAUAUAUUUCGUCUAGAAGAUGUAGAGAAUAUUGAUGUUUUCUGCAAGUUAAAGACAAUGGAGAUCAUUUUCAUGAAGAGACUUAAUACCAUUUGGCAGCCCCAUAUUGGUCUUCAUUCAUUUCAGAGUUUGGAUUCUUUGAUAAUAAGAAAGUGUUACAAACUUGUUAUGAUUUUUCCUGAUUAUAUAGGGCAAAGAUUUCAGAGCCUUCAAAGCUUAACCAUUACUGAUUGCAAUUUAGUGGAAAACAUAUUUGACUUUGCAAAUAUUCCACAAAGUUGUAAUAGUAAUGAAACAAACUUGCAUAAUGUAUUUCUAGAGGCUUUGCCAAAUUUGGUGCACGUAUGGAAGGAUGACACUUGUGAAAUACUUGAAUACAAUAAUCUUCGAAGCAUAAGUGUUAAAAAGAGUCCAAAUUUAAAAUGUCUUUUUCCAUUUUCCAUUGCCAAUGACCUAGAAAAAUUGGAAAUUCUUGAGAUAUCGAAGUGUACGACAAUGAAGGAAAUUGUUGCUUGGUAUAAAGAUUCAAAUGAAGAUGUUAUCAACUUUAAAUUUCCUCAUCUAAACACUAUAUCAUUUGAUGGUUUAUAUGAACUUGGAAGUUUCUACAAGGGAAAUCACACUUUAGAGUGGCCAUCGUUGAAGAACUUGAGCAUAUUGAAUUGUUACAAGCUAGAAGGGCUCACUACAGAAACCACAUAUUCACAAGUAAAGCUAGUUGUUUUGGCUACAGAAAAGGUGAUAUACAACAUGGAGGAAAUGGUACUGAGCCUAAAGGCAGCAGAUUGGAUGCAUAAAUACAUUGUUAGCAUUCAUAGAAUGCACAAACUACAAGCUCUACGGUUGUUUGGAUUAAAUAAUACUAAAGUUCUUUUUUGGUUUCUUCAUAGACUUCCCAAUUUGGAAAAGUUAGGCUUGGCAGAGAGUCACUUGGAAAGCAUUUGGACUCCUAGAAGUCUCGUUUUAGAAGAAAAGAUAGGUGUUGUCUCGCAACUUAAAGAGUUGACAUUGACACAUAUGUAUUCUUUAGUGGAAAUAGGUUUUGAGCAUGACCAACUUCUUCAAAGGGUAGAGUUAUUGGUCAUUCACACAUGUCUUAAAUUGACAAAUUUAGUGUCACCCUCAGUAUCUUUCAGUUACUUAACACAUUUGGAAGUGAUGAAUUGUAGAUUGAUGAGGAAUUUAAUGACAACCUCAACUGCCAAAAGCUUGGUUAAACUCACAACUAUGAAGGUAAGUUCCUGCCCAAUGAUUUUGGAAAUUGUUGCAAAAAAUGAAGAGGAAGAAGUAAAAGAGAUUGAGUUUAGACAAUUAAAAUCUUUAGAAUUGGUGGAUCUACAAAAUAUCAAAAGUUUUUGCAGUUUGGAGAAGUGCGACUUAAAAUUUCCAUUGCUGGAAAAUUUAGUAGUAAGUAAUUGCCUUCGAAUGACAAAAUUCUCUGAAGUUCAAAGCUCUCCAAACCUACAAAAAGUACAUGUUGUAGCUGGAGAAAAAGACAAAUGGUAUUGGGAAGGUGAUUUGAAUAACACUCUACAAAAAAUUAUCACAGACGAGGUUUCUUUCGAAUAUGGAAAGCAUGCGAGAGUUGUUGAUUAUCCUGAAAUGAAGGGAGUUCGGCAUGGCAAACCAGCUUUUCCAGACAACUUCUGUGGCAGUUUAAAAAUAUUGGAAUUUGAUGCAGCAAGUAAAAGAGAUAUUGUAAUUCCAUCUCAUGUACUUCCUUACUUGAAGAGCUUGGAAGAAUUGAAUGUAUAUAACUCUGAUGCAGCGCAAGUAAUAUUUGACAUAGACAAGACCAAGGGAAUAGUCUUUCGUUUGAAGAAACUUACUUUAAAAGACUUGUCAAAUUUGGAAUGUGUAUGGAAAUGGAACAAAGCUCCCCAAGGAAUUGUCAACUUUCCUAAUUUGCAAGAAGUGGAUGUUCGUAAUUGUGGAAGCUUGGUAACACUGUUCCCUUCAUCCAUUGCCAAAAAUCUUGUAAAGCUUGAGUCACUUCAAAUAGACCUAUAUGGGCUUUUAGAGUUGGAGUCAAUAGGGUUAGAGCACACGUGGGUAAAGCCAUACACUGAAAAGAUUCAAACAUUACAGCUUUACGAAUGCCCUCAGUUAGAAAAAUUAGUGUGCUCAACCGUAUCUUUCAUCAAUAUGAAACAAUUGCAUGUGGCCCGCUGUAGAAGGAUGAAGUAUUUACUCACAUUUUCAAUUGCCAAAAGUUUGGUGCAACUUGAAUAUCUAGCUAUAAGGAAUUGUGUAUCAAUAAAAGAAAUAAUAAAAACAGAAGAUGAAGAUACUUCUCAUGAGAUCAUAUUUGGACGACUUGAAUACUUUUCCUUAACUUUCUUACAAAGUCUAGUAAGCUUUUAUUCAGGGAAUGCCACUUUGCAAUUCCCAUGUUUGUUGGGAGGUAGGGUAGCUGAAUGCCCCAAUAUGAAAACUUUCUCUGAAGGAGGCACAAUAAAUACACCAUCGAUAAUUGGAAUUGAAACAUCAACCAAGAAGUCUGAUGAUAUUCCCUUGAAAUUCCACAAUGAUCUCAACACGACAAUCAAGAUGCUAUUUCACCAACAGGAGGAGUAGGAAGAGAGGAGAUUUUAUUAAUCAUGAAGAUGAAAAUUAAAAGCAAAUGAUAGUGUUUGUUUUAAUUGGUUUGGUUUUAUGAUGUUGUUCUAGUAUCACAUUGUGAAUUUAGAUGAUGUUAUUCUAGCAUUAUAUUGCAUACUAUUGACAAUUACUUAUAGGGAUGAUGUUAAUUUGUUUGAAAUUUUCACUUUAGUGCUUGUUUGAAUUAGUUUAUAUGUGUACUAACUUUUCUUGUUAUAAUACUUAAUAAAUAGAUGUUAGACUCUAAGAGAUUUAUGCAUUCAACCAAAAAGUUUAAAGGAAAAAAAUCUAUACAGGCUAAUAUACCAUUGAUUAUACCAUCAUCUAGUCUACAAGCUUAUGCUAAUCAACCUCAACCCACUUAUUCUCAACCUCUACCUCCACAUCAAUUUCAAGCUCCACCUCCUCUCCCUCAACCUCCCCCUCCACCUCUACCUCCACCUCCACCCACCUCAACCCACCCAAUCUCAACCUAUCUCUGUUCAAGUCAUUCAUAUGCCCGAAUAUUCAACAGUUAAUGAAACUCCAUCUUCUUCAUCUAGUCAUGUUAGUGGAGACAAUAAUGAAAACAAAAUCUUGAUACUCCCAGAAGGGGAUGGGUUUGAUCAACACAAGUUGGUAAUUGGGGCACUUGCUUCAAUCAUACGAAGUAACUUGGGGGAGGCAAAACCAUCAUGGAAGAAGCUAUCUAUCGGUCAAAGGGAUUCGUGGUUUGAUAUGCUUCAAUCAAAAUUUACAUGGCCACCUGAAUAUAAUGACAUGGUGCGACGUAAUUUUGAGAAAAGAGGUGCAGCUAAAAUGUCUCAAUUAAUGCAAGAAGUUCGAAAGGAUUUAGAGAGAAAACCAAUUUGGAUAGGAGAAGAUGUAUGGGCACACUUGAAGGAACAUUGGAGAUCCUUAAGUUUUAAGAAAAAGUCAGAAGUAAAUAAAAGAAAUCGUGAAUCUGUGAAUGGUGCAUCUCUUCAUACCGGUGGAUCAAUUCCUCACCGUUUGCAUUGGAAAAGAAUGAAACAGGAAAAAGGAAUGGAUCCAUCAUUAAGUGAGUUUUAUUUUCGUACACAUCGGAAAAAGGAUAAAAGUUGGGUGGGUCAUCAUGCAGAAUUAACAUUUGACAAAUUUCAAUAAAGGAAAUUUGAGUUAUCAUCUCAAAGGGAGGAUGGAGUUGAUAGCCAAUCAUCUAUAAAUCAUCAUAUGUCUUCUGACUUGGAUAUAUGGGUAGAUUUAGUUGGAAAGAAAAAUGGAAGGAUCCCUAGUCUUGGAUCUUUAGGCAAAAUGUUGACUCCAUCAAGAUUUUCUACUAAAUAUGAGGAUGUGUGUACUUUAAGGGGUCAAAUUCAGGCAUUAAAUGAAUCAUUGCAAAAACAAGAGGAAGUGAAGCUAGCAAUGAUGCAAGAGUUGCAAAGACAAGAAAAGGAUAAGCUAGAAAUAAGACAAGAGUUGAAUGAGACAUGGAAACAUUUAGUAGCUUUAAUGACACAUUUAGGAUUUGUUGGCUCUUCUUCUCAUCCACCUCCAUCACUGGAACAUAGCUAUGGAAAUGUUGACAAUGAUGAUGAUGAUGAAGAUAGUGAUGAGGAGGGUGAUAUUUGAAAAAGGUGUAUUACCUCAUAUUCUAUUUAGUUUCUUGUCCUAACAUAUUUGAUUUGUGUCUUGAAUGCAAUAGAUUAAAUCUUUAGUAUUUUUUUUUCAGUUGUGAGUGUUAUUUAAUUUAGUGGUUUUUUAUGAUGACAUUGUUAUAAUGAUUAAAUGAGAUCUUGACCUUUUAUGCUUAUAAAUCAGGAACUAACAUGGACUGGAAUUAGACUGAAAAAGUUUCAGCCAUCUUGCUUUGAGAAGGUUAUUGUCAUUGCUCAAUUUUUUUUUGCUUAGUUUUGAUUAUGAUGAUAAUAGGUUUAAACUUAAAGAGUUCAGGAAAGUUUUGGUCAUCCAAAUUUGAGAAGGUUCUUGUCAUUGUUUAGUUUCUUUGCUUGGUUUUGGUUAAUAAUGUGAUGACACACAUUAUCAAGUACAUCAUCAAUGUUUUACAUUCUAUGAUAUGGGUAUUGAGUUUAUAUAUGCUUCAGUAGUUUAUAUAUGUGCUUUCUUUUUGUUAUAAUGGGCCUUGGUGGUUAAUCAAUGUUUUCACUAAACCUUGAAAAAUUAUUUAUGUACUUGAAUGAGUGAGUUAAGGGCUUUGAGUAUGAUUAUCAAAACAAAUUCUUGUCUUGAAUGAACUAUGCAGUAUGCUUUAAAUUAAGGCCUAAAGGAACUUGAUAUCUAUGGUGGUAAGUAUGAACUUGAUUCUGUUAUGGAAGAAAUGAAAAGGUUAAUUGAAGUGUACAAAUUACCCAUAUCAGCACUUGCUGCCACGAGUGACUAUUUUUUCCUUUGGUGGCCAAAACGUGAAUUUAUUUGCAGGGCAUCAUAAUAUUAAAACAAUAUUAAAACGUGAAAGUUAUAAGAAUUGUGAACUUGUGGCUAUUUUUUCCUUUGGUGGCCAAAACGCAAAUUUACUUGCAGGGCACAUAAUAUUAAAAUGUGAAGG